AUGACACGAGGAUACUAAAGGGACUAACUACCUAAAGGACUGUAUAUUCUUUUUGCUGUGCUGGAUUAUAACUCUCCCGGAGAACUAUUCAGUGAGUGGUGGUAUGCUGACUGGUUCACUUCAAACAGAGUUUAUGGCCCGAGGCAUUUCCACAACAGAACCCCUUCCAAAGACUAGUGUUCUUCUCGAGAAAACCUGAAACUUUUCUUUACCUUCACUUACAGGCAGAGAAAUGGUUGGCAUGAAACCCAAAGACGUGGUGCCCUCUGCGACAGUCAAGUUCUUCGGAGCAGGAACCGCAGCCUGCAUCGCUGACCUCGUCACCUUUCCUCUAGAUACCGCCAAAGUCAGACUACAGAUUCAAGGAGAGGCUCAUAAAACUGAAGGGGCCAGUGCAAUGAAGUAUCGAGGAGUGUUUGGCACCAUCACCACCAUGGUGCGUACAGAGGGGCCCAGGAGUCUUUACAAUGGACUGGUGGCAGGACUGCAGAGACAGAUGAGCUUUGCCUCUGUCCGAAUCGGUCUCUACGACUCCAUGAAGCAAUUCUACGCCCGAGGCACCGAGAGUGCUGGGAUUGUUACUCGGCUCAUGGCGGGCUGUACCACAGGAGCCAUGGCUGUGGCUUUUGCACAGCCAACGGAUGUGGUGAAGGUGCGUUUCCAAGCCCAGGUACGACUGGCUGGUGGUGAGAGGAGAUACAACGGCACCCUGGAUGCCUACAAGACGAUUGCGCGAGAUGAGGGAGUAAGGGGCCUUUGGAAAGGCUGCAUGCCCAACAUUACCCGUAAUGCCAUCGUAAACUGUGCAGAGCUGGUGACCUACGACAUGAUCAAAGAGCUCAUCCUGAAGUAUGACCUAAUGACAGACAACCUGCCCUGCCACUUCACAGCCGCCUUUGGUGCAGGCUUCUGCACAACAGUUGUGGCUUCUCCUGUGGAUGUAGUCAAAACACGGUUCAUGAACUCAAAGGCUGGCCAGUACAGCAGUGCUAUCAACUGUGCUCUCACCAUGCUGAGAAAUGAAGGACCCACAGCUUUCUAUAAAGGGUUCAUGCCUUCUUUCUUGCGACUUGGGUCCUGGAACAUUGUGAUGUUUGUGACGUAUGAACAAAUUAAACGAGGGAUGACCAGGGCACAACAGUGCUGGGAGUCGCCGUUUUGACCUCAGCUCGUCAGACUGUUUCUUCUUCUUCUUCCGUGGUUGGAAAAAGAGAGCUCCAAGUGGAGGCGCAAAAGAGAGCUUAGCUUUGAUUUCGGGGGUCCAGGGUAACAUUACCAACGUGGCUCAGAGGUGGACUUAAUACAUCAUCAAGAGGAAGCUGUGGCUCCUAAGAUUCCUGAAUGAACAUUGACUCUGUGGGCAUUGUUGUAAUACCAGAAUGAUUUAAGGAUUCAAGUUUAAAGGCACAUUGUGCAUUGUAAUGGUGAGUGCCAGCAUUACAAAAAUACUUAAUAAGAUGUAUAGGACGGAUGUGAAAGACUAAUUCCAUAACAUUGUGUUUUUAUCUCAUAUCGAAAUAUAUAUUUAAGCCUUGAUCAGUUGGCAGUUCACUGGCUGGAGAUGGAUUUUCGUGUUUACAAGAAUGAAUUGGAAGCUCAUAUGAAUAACGUUAUAGUGUAUGUUAUAUGUUAUUUCGGGUAGGUUUUCCAUGAAUGCAAUAGACAGACUGUAUAUGGCAAUACAGGCCUAACCUGUGAUCACUUCUAUGUCUCUUACUUUGUCUUCUGUAUUGUGGACUGUUUACAAUAUUUACCGUUAUUUGUGGUGUAUGUGGUCAGGGAUUUACAGGUUAAUCUAUGUGCUGCUUAUUGUAAAUAGCUUGAUUUAUUGCUGGUCGAUAGGUCAUGUGAAUAGAAUAUGUUGUACACAAUGCUAAAAUGAUGUAAAUAAUGCUAAAAUGAAAGUGUAAUGUUUUAAAUUCUUUGUCUAACCUACAUCAAACACAAUACACUUUAAAUAGUUGGAAUAAAUGCGGGGGAAAAAAGACCAUGGGGUGACUGCCGAUAAAUCAGGUUGCUUGAUAAAAUGGUGGAAGCUCUUUACAGAAAGUGGAACAUCUUGGGAUUUAAGUGGGGCAGUGCACAGUAUUUAAGUUUCUUUGUGGUAGAAAUCAGUAGUAUAGACCAUCUCCAAGUCUUUGGUCAAAUGUGAAACUUAAACAAGAUUUACUUCACAUCUUAUAAUUUGAUGAUUAAGGUGAGAUGAGGAAAACAAAUUGUUGUGAAAAGAUAAAAAUUACAUUUCUUCUCUAUGUACUGUAUAUGUAUUCAUAGAUGUAUAGAUGUACAUGUAUAUUUCAAGCAAAUUUAAAUUAAUGUUCCAACCACGUUCCUACAUAACCCAAAUAACAAACAUAUAGCCUGCCUCAGAUGUGUUCACAGGGGAGAGCAUUGGCUGACACAAAUACACUAGUCUGAACAUCUCAGCAGGUGGUGCCCUGAAAGCAGAGCUGUGAAAUGAGCUUUUGACGAAAGCAAGCUUUUUUUUUUUUUUUUAGCAUUGGGCCUCUGAAUAACUGCAGUUUUUUAUUCAUUGGACCGGGAAUAUUUCCAAAGUCACCUGCUGCAGUCUCACAGUUGGGUCAGUGAGAUCUAUAGAGUGACACAGCCUUCAUACAGGACAACAUGUACCCAUGCAUUCAUUCAUGACAUU